AGCAUGGAAUUUGAAAAUCGUUUUCUACUUGGACAUUAUUUUCAACCUAUUUUUACUUUUUCAUUACAGAUUCUGGAGUAAUUUCACUCUUUACGUAAACAGUCAGCAUCCAAGAGUAGCUUUGAAGAUGUCAAUGUAUGCUAUGGACAAGAUGACUGAAGCACGGAAAUCAGCGUAUAUUGAAGCCCAUAAUGUGAUGCAACAACACCUUUCAAUGCAGCAGCAGCAUAAAACGAAAUUGGAAAGCACUCAUCAUUACCUUCCAACUCUCAAAGUACCGCAGGUUGCUCCCCCCAACAUUGACAAUUAUCAGAACAAACAGAGCCAAGAUCAUGGAUUCUCCAUGGUGCCUGAUGAUGGAUUGGGCUACGAUGAUGGCAUUAGAGUGCUGCGCUCCAUUGGCACAUGGGCUCCAGAUUACCCGACACUCCAUGCAACAUUCCAGAACGACCAAAACUCUUUCAAUACGGAGGCAGAAAGGAAGCCGCCGCCGCCUCCAACGCAACACUCGAUCCACACUCAGACGCAGACCACGCCCCCACCACCUCCCAUCCAGCAGCCUCCACUGCCUCCCAAGCAGAAACUGCAAAAGGUCGAUAACAACAAUAAGAGCUUCACGUGCACCGAAUGUGGGAAGGGGCUGGCCAGAAAAGACAAACUGGUGAUACACAUGCGCAUCCACACUGGAGAGAAGCCGUAUGUGUGCGAAGUGUGUAAAAAGGCGUUUGCAAGAAGAGACAAGCUAGUGAUACACAUGAACAAACUGAAGCACGUGACGCCGUCCAACCUGGCGCCGCUCUCCAAGCGCAACCAGACCAGUGUCGAGUCAAAGUCCACUCAGAUUUGUAUGCUGCCCGAAAAGAAGGAGAUCAAGGAAGACGAACUGACGCAGUCGUCUGUGCCUCAAGCUGUCCAACCACCUUUGCAUCAUUGGUACUUCCCUCAGCAAAUAAUGAACUAACAAAAGACCUGUGAGGAUCAACAGAGCUAACAUGGGAUGGUCGUAUCAGUGAACAGUCGUUGAACAGUAUUAGUUGUUGGCAGUGGCUUCAAAUGUGACAAAUGAAUCGGAGAUGGUACCUGAAGAGAAGUCAUGUUUCAUCCUACAAACCACACAUCACAGGAAAUGACCAAUCUGGAAGCAGGCUGGUAUACCCAUUCAUCUACAACUACUCUCUAUUUGAAACUGAAUAGGCUAUAAGCAUAUUUAUAUCAUUGUAUGUAUUAGUUUUUGUUUCGAGCUCUCCUCUAUUUUCAGAGCUUUUUCCUAUUGAAUGUAUUUUGCUUUAAGGUUAAUAUUAACGCUUUAAAUUAGGAUUUAAGUAUAAUUUAGUAUUAGAUUUUUUUUAAUUAUGCUAACAAUUAUUAUUAGCAUCAAUGACUGAAUUUUCAUUCUCAACCUUGUUAAAAACGAGAUUUUGAAAUGUUUCCUGUCGAGAUAUUUUAGGUGGCCACUUCUGGCCUCAUCACAUUGACUAGGAGCACACUGGUGAUUACUAAGGCGAACAACUAUCCUUAAAUCAGCUCUCUAGAUUGAUGAAUGUUUAGUUAUUAUACGAUUAUUUUUUUAUUGGAGCAUGCCACUACCGCUGUAAUGUAGAUUGACAGCUUCGAUCAAUUGCUGGUAGAUAUGGGAACGGUGUGACUCAAAUUAACAAAUUUACACAUAUUAUACUUAUUAUUAUUCACUCAAAGUGGAAAUACAAAAAAUAAUUAUUUUAUUGUUCAGUAAUCGAGAAUAUUCAUCGAUCACCAGGUGCCCGCAGACUCAAUCUCAUCGUCGCUCCAGCUUUUUUUUUUAAAUAAAAACUAAAUCAGAAUGUCAUUCUCUCGAGGAAAUUCUCUCAGUCGUCAAAAUUGUGCAAUUUGCUUCCAAUUCGAAAGGAAUGAACAAUACUCUUGAAGACAGGUUAAAUCUAAAACUUUCAUUGCCUGUCUCACCAUCCUUCUUUGCUAUUGUUCUUUCUUGUAUUGCGUCGUUUAGUUCAUUAUUAGUUCAACUUGUACAGUAUACUGUAAUUUAUUAUUAUAAGAAUAUUUAUAAGUCUCAAUAAUGGGCCAUAGUUUUAUAGUAUAGUAUUUAAUACAUUUUAUACUCAGCGAUUAUAAAAUUUUUACUGCAUUUGCUAGUUCAUCCAUGAAAGUAAGAAAUUAUAAAAUAAUAAAUUAUUGCACUACUAGAAUUAAUAUAUUGUAUUUGUAUUUUAAAAUGUGGUUGAAGUGAAAUUGAACGUGAAAACAAUAAUUGUAUUCCAGUAACAACCAAUUUCAAAGAUUAUGGGACAAUAGUUUUAGAAAUCUUAUUAGCUUUCAGCUCCGCUCAUCUUGAAGCACAUGAUGGAAAACUAAUUUUUCGCUUGCAAAUUAAUGAUGAUGUGUAGAAAAAUGAUAGAGAAAUUUAAAGGGGUAAAUAAAAUGAAGAAGACAAGAAACAAAAUAGAGGAAUAGAAAAAUUCAUAGUAUAAUAAUAUUAUUACCAAUUUCGUACGCCCAUCAAAAACAGGUAAAAAUUCAGUUUUCCUCUUUCCGUUUGUCCCUAAUCCUUUUUUACGAUCUCUGUAACCGGCAAAGCGUUAUCAAUACUCUUGAUGGGUCGACUUGCACUUCCCAUGCAGCUUGGCUGGAUGAGGUUUUUUGUACUUAAUCCAAAGUGGUUGUUUAUUUACUUUCAAUUGCUUGGCAAAACAAUAAAACGAAAGUUGUAUCCAGAACUAAUAAAAAAACACAUUAUCCUGUUUUUUGUUUGUCAAUUCUGUAAAUAGUACUCAUAUUUAGUACUUUUUUUACUCUUGCACCUAUGAUGAAAGAUUGUAAUGCUAUGAUUGCAUACUUGUGUAAUUGUGAAGUUAUCCAAAACUGUUGAAAGUAAAACUAAAAAAUUGUUGUGUGAUAGAAAAUAAUGUGACCAAUCAAUAUGCAUCCACGUCGUCAGCUUUAUUAUAGUUUUUAUCGUUUAAAAGUUCACAUAUGAGUAGAACCUAUAUCGUUAUAAAUAGACGUUAUUUUUAUUUGAAUGGUGUUAAGAAUGAGCUUUAAGUAGUGCUAAAUUCUGCUUGUACUCAAAAUUCUGGUAUGAGUUUUCGAGGUACUCAGAACUUUUGUAUUAGAAAGUAAAUGAGACUUCAGAAUCAGUUUGCAAUAUGUAACAUGUAUUUUUUAUAAAUAUUAUAAUGUAAAACUAUUGUAUUAAUUCAAUAAGAGUAAGCAUUCGUUCUCGAGUACAGUAGUCCUAAUAAAUUUUAUACAGAAAUGUAUUGCCUCUGCAUAUUAACAGUAUUUUUAUACAAAAUAUUGAGAUUUCUCAGGUCUCUGACACUAGUAUCGAUAGAAUUUUACUAUUAUUGAUUUUGUAUUUUUGGCUAUUUGAUAUUAUUUCUAUAAAAUUAUGAACAAAAUAAGUAGAAGACUAGUAACUGACAUCACGUGAAAUAGUGAAUAGAAUAGAUAAGUACUGUAUUUUUAUAAGUGAGUUACUUUUUAACUCUCGACGUACUAAAUUAGCUCUUUUUCUGUGUUCUUUCAAGACAGAUUUUGUUGCGUUAUUUGACUUAUUUGUUGUUUUGUUGUAGAAUUAUUUGUUGGAGCCAGUAUUAUAACUUUAUUGUUAAUUCUUUCUUCAAAACCAAGUAGUAGUGGCAUCAAAAGUAGAUUGUACAGAAGAAUAUAUGUAAUAUAUAUAUCAUUCAACAUGAAAAUAAUAUUUUUUACUAUAUUUUAAAUAUUUGAUACAUUUUUUUAUAUUUAUAAAUUAAAUACUAUGUAACUGUGUGUACAUGGUUAUACAGUGGUUGAGUAUGAUAAGAAAUCGAUUCAUCCAGUUGCAUCACCAAAUCCAACCAAAAUACAUUACACAAUAAAUUCAUUGCAGUUCAAGUCUGUGAAUGAUUAUGAUUAAUAUUUAUGUGUUUUCAAAUUUGUAAAGUCAUUAAAUAAUAUACUGCAUUCUUGAAAUAAUUAUUCAUUCAUGCUGGCAUGAAAAUCCUCAUUCUUUUCAUUCUUUGAAAAUUUCUAAUGAUAUUUUUUAACAAGCUUCCCAAUGUUUUCCACAAAAUGGUGCCACUUCUUACUGGUUGGUGUGAUAGAAAUAGCUUCCCAUUAAUAUUUUAUUGGCUGUUGUGUUUAUGAAGUUUUUCAUUUUAUUUUGUGGUUUGAUAUUAUAUUCUGUGGUGCUAACCUUAUUGAUUUCUGUAUAUUUAAUUGUCAAUUUGCUUGUUUCUACUAAUUUUCUCAUCAAGUGUGACCAUUUUUUAAGAUAGUUUUCUUCCCAUACAACACUGUGAUCCAUUUGUAUUUUUUAUUCAUCACAUAAAUGUAAUGCAUUUUUGUUAGUUUAUAAGAAACAAUCACUCAUCAGCAUUUAACGCUGCAUAUUUUUUAAAGUAUCUUUAUAAUUUCUUUGUAGUACCUUUUCCAAUGUCAAGGAACACAAAUCAUAUAAUUAAAACUCAAUUAGAAGUUUGAUUUAUGAUGGACUCCAAUUUAGAUUGCUUUAUGUAAAAUCUCAAUGCUUUCCAGAUAAUAUUGUGAUCAUGUAAGAAAUGAGUAUUUUUAUGGAUUUUUCUUCCAAUUGUGAUUUGUUCUCAUUUCAUUUGUUCCGACUAUUAGGCUAAAAUCUGCUGUGAGGAAUGAGUAUUUUUAUCCAGUUGUGUUUGCUCCUAUUUCUUUCAAAAUCGUUGUGUUCGUUUUACGGAUCUACUCAAGCAUGUUUAAUGCUAAUCUAGUCACUUCAGACCUUGAAUCUGGAAGUUCCACAAUUUUUUGUCUUUAAUACAAUAAUUGUACUCAUUAUUACAUAUCAGUUUCAUAAUGAUUAAAAUAAUAAGCCCCUAUUGGCAAACAUAAUCAAGAUUUUAUGUUAUCCAGACAUUUUAUUAUUAAACUCUUAAAUGAUUUGAGUUAUUUGUAUGAAACCUAAUAUCAUGUAAAAAUGAAAAUCCAGCUAAAUUUAAAUUUUUUAUUUUAAUAAAAGAUACACUAAAUUUGUAAAUACACUAAUCUGUAAUGGAUACAUCAUGCUAAUGAAGGGAUUUUAUAGAAUUUGUCAAAAUUUUAAAAAUAAUUUUCAACUUACUAGAAACCUGUAUUUUACCGUAGAGCCCUUUUCUCUUAGAGAAAAAGUAACUGUUAAGGUGAGUGAUUUACAUCACUGUUUUGUUCCAUGAGUUGAUCCCAUGAACCAAUAUUUUGUAUCCGGAAUUCAUAUGAAAAAAGAUAGUAAAAAUAAAUUUUCCAUGUCAAAAAUUAACGUGCCUUUGACUUUUUGAAAUUGGAGAUAGAAUUUCUCCAUUAUUUUUACAGGUAACUGAACUGGAGAAUUCUGUAAGAAAUUAAAAAAUCAUAAACAUAUAUCAGAAAAGUAGUGAUAUUGAAUAUCCCCAUAAGUCAAAUUCCAAUGCACAAUAGGAGUAUUUUCAUGACAUCUCUAUAGUGUUCAGAUAUUUUAUGCACUUUGAAGCUGUAUUUCUAUAGCAAUGCUGCGAUGCCUAGCAUUUUAUAGAAACUUAUUUAUUUGUAAUUCAUCUUUCUAUUUGAAAAGUGUAUGUAUACAAUAAUUGACAUUGUUCCAUGAACUUUCAUGUAUGUUGUGUAUGAACUUUGUAUAAGUUACAUGUAUUAAUUUUCGUGUAUCGGUGAGACAAGAUCCCAAAUAAUAUUUUGUUCUCUUUUUCUUCCUAAAUUUAUUAUUAGAGUUUAGUAUAUUAGGAUUAAAAUUUUUCUUGGUUUAUCUUUUCUAUCUUAACUCAUAUUUUCUGUUCCAUACUCUUUUGGAAUGAAGAAUUGACUGAUACAGAUGAAUUUGAAUUAUUUUUUGGCGAUUAAAAGAAGAUCAAUUGUGCCUUUAUUGCAUGAAUUAAUCAUGAAGUCCUGUAGAGCAGACUUUUAUAAGCCUAAUGAAUCUUAAUUUAAAAUAAGAAAUUGUAAUUUCAUAUCUAGACAUAUUGAAACUACCUAUCCCAUAAUAUAACUUGAAAGUACAACUGAUUGUUCAAGCCGAAUAUUGUCGAUCCUUUAUUAUUAGUGAUAAAUACAUUAAAGUUUCGUGGAAAACAAAUAAUGUUGGUACAUUUAGCAUUUUUUAUAGUGGACUAGAUAAUAUUCGCUAGUUGAAUUACUUGUAAGCUAGCUGUUAACUAUUGAUUUGAUAAUGUUUUAUAAAAUUAGUUGAAAUACAGUUAAUUUAAGUUGUUAAACUCAGAAUGCCAUCUUUCAAAAUAGCUUACCUAUAAUGGUUAUUUCUACUAAUCUAAUCCCAUGAUUAUCAGGGAGUGUGGGACCAAUAGUAUUUUUCUGAUAAAUGUAGCGUGAAAUGAGUAUUGAAAAACUCUCAUAUUAUUUACAGCAGUAACAAUUCACAUUUCAUAUCCAUCUACUUGUAACCCAAAAAGGAUUGUAAGCUGAAUCAUCAGUAUUGAACUACUGUAGAAUGUUCUGUUGUCAUUUUUAUCAAUGUAUUACUUCAAUAUUAUUUGUGUUCAAUAUUAUUUUUUGUGAAUUGUGAUAUUUUAUGUUUUUUAAUUUGUGAAAUCAUCAAUAUUAUUUGUGAAAAAUAGCUUUAUCGGAAAUUUAUAUUGCAUAAUCCCCUGAUUGUAGAAUUUUUAUAACGUACCAUAUAGAAUCAUUUUGUUAAAAAUGCUAUAGCAUCUUAUUUCUCAUCAUGAAAUACUAGUACCUACCUUGAAUCUUCAUUAUAAUGUAUUUAGUAUUAUAAUAAUCAUUAGAAAGUUGAAGUAAUUUGAAGAUUUUGUACCGGUACUGACUAAAUUAGAAUAAAAUAGUGAAUAUUUGCUGAUUGGCCAUCAUGUUAAUAUAUUAUAUUCAAAUAAAAAUAUCAAGAUGCAUAGUUAAGUAGCUUGGAAUAGUUUGCUAUCAGCUUGUAAGAGUAAUAAAUAAUAUGUACAAUAUAAUUUA